GAGGACAGGGCCGUCCCGCGUGAGGAGGGACACACACACACACACACACACUCACACUCACACAAACACACACAGGAAGACUCAGAGACAGACAGGAGGAAGAGGGCUCUGUGCGCUGCGUGGGCCAGCUGCAGGGUCUCGGCUUCAGAGGUCGUGUAUGAUGCGAUCGGCUGAUUUGAAGUAAUCACCAGAAGAAGAGAUGAGUUUUGGGGCAGCGUGCAUUUUCUUGCGAGGAGGGAAAAACAUUUCAAGACAACUGGCUGAUGACGAGAUUGAUGAACUGCGUGAUGCAUUCAAUGAGUUUGAUAAAGACAAGGACGGGCUGAUCAGCUGCAAGGACCUGGGGAAUCUGAUGAGGACGAUGGGCUACAUGCCCACAGAGAUGGAGCUGAUUGAGCUGAGCCAGAAUAUCAACAUGAACCUUGGCGGCAGAGUCGACUUUGAGGACUUCGUAGAGCUGAUGACCCCGAAGCUUCUGGCAGAAACGGCCGGGAUGAUUGGCGUGAAGGAGCUCAAAGACGCCUUUAAAGAGUUCGACAUGGACGGAGAUGGAGAGAUCACAACAGAAGAGCUGCGGUCCGCCAUGACCAAGCUGAUGGGAGAGCACAUGAGCCGAAGAGAGAUAGACGCCAUAGUAAAAGAAGCGGAUGACAACGGAGACGGCACAGUAGACUUUGAAGAGUUCGUCAGAAUGAUGUCCCAUCAAUGACAGUCGAGGAGGCCGUCAGUCAAGAAAAGCACCUUCACACCUCCGCGUCAAUUGACGUCAUCUUUCUGGAAAGCUCUUUGACUCAUUAACUUGUACCUAUUAACAACAAACACGUAAUAAUGUUCACAUUUAAGUGCUGCGAAGGAAAGUCAAGUCGCUCUCAGAGAGAAGUUUACAGCUAUGCAACGAUUGACAAUCAUGUUCUGGGACUUUUUUUUUUUAAUGAAACAGUUAUUGAACAGAGUUUGAAACAAAUGGAACUAUAUUGGUUUGCUGAUAUUUAUUUAUUGUAUAUACAGGAAGUCAUUUUGGAUUGUUUCGUUGAAUUUGAUUGAUUUUUUUGAAACGUAUGUAUCACUAACGGAAUAUAUUUAUUCUCUAAUUAUUCUGACAGUAUUGUAUCAUUCUUAUCACUUAAGCAAUUUCAUAAUCAAGCAUUUGCUAACAGUUAAGCUAUGUAUGUUGCUAUUUUGUGAGCAAUGUUGUUGCACUGAAUAAUUCAUUUGUGGAUGGAAUCCAACACGUUACAUGCUGGUACUUCUAAAAUAAAAUA